AUGCUGAUGCUGAUCAAAGAGCAUGUCCAGGUGCUCCAAUCCGUGCUCCGGCGAAGAAAAGGCGAUUCGAGCAUCGAGGCGGUGGUCUCCAAUUAUGCCGACUUCAGGAAGAGAAUGAGGAAGGAUGCCAAAAGGUUGAUGCAAGUUAUGGUAAUGAGCUCGCUUGGAGCUUCGACGCUUCUUGUUGAUGACCACCAACUCUCAUCAUUAGUGAGAGUGCUAAGUGAAGUCGAUGCUGUGAGCACUUCGAUCUUCCGGUCUAUGCUGUCAUUCUUGGCAAUGCCAGUGCCGAGGAGCAAGCAAAGCAAGUGGUCACUGAUAUCACGGUUGGUGCACAAAGGAGCGGUAGCAUGCGAAGACACGAAGCAAGAAGAUGCGAAUGAAUUUGAAUGUGUGGACGCUUUGCUCUUCGCUCUAUGCAAACACGGUGCGAAUGAUGGGGUUGACAGCGAGAAGUUGCAGAGCACACAACACCAGUUAGGGGCUUUGGAGAUGAGCAUUGGUGGCAUUGAGAAUGCCUUGGAGGGUCUUUACAGGAGACUGAUUAGAACAAGGGCCUCUCCUUUGAACAUAAUCUCCCAAUAAAAGAGCAAUUCUCUCUGUUCAUAAACCCCAAUUUUGAGAUGUAUAGAUAGUUUGUGCAUGUAUUGCAAAGAAACACCCACUUUACAGUGAAUACAAACAUAUAUACAGUUUAUUACACAA